AUAAAACUCGCCUCUUUUUCCCUCUCCUCUAAAAUUAAUGCUAAUAAAUUAAAAUUAUCCAUCCAACUCAUUCAAAUCCAUUAUUUCAGAACGAAUGCGCGCAUCGCAAUUUUUCUAAAUAAAUAGUUUAUCAAAAAAUAUUUUUCUAAUAUUAUAUAGAACUCAUGAUUAUCGAAAUAAUCAAAAGUGCCACUACAAAUACAACAUUAUUGAGGAUAUUUUAACAGAAAAAAAAAUAUAAUUGUGAAAAUUAGUUUUCUAAGAAAAAUAAUUGUGAAAAUUAGUUUUCUAAGAAAAAAAAUUGUUUAAAAUUUUAAGGUGUGCUAGAAUGUGAGAACAUUUUUUUUUUUGUGUGUCUAAUAUAUUUGGAUAAAAUUGUGCUUUUAAUUUUCUAUUUUAAAAAUGGUGCUCAAAAGAAAGAUAUUAUCUCUUGGAGGAUUGGUGAAUCAAUUAAAGCCUAAUGUGAGAUGGAGUUCUUCGUUAAAAAUCAGGGAUAAAGAAGCUAUUCAACCCGAUCGAUCUUUUAAGUAUACAGAUCUUUCAAUGCGACUCGCAACCCCUGAUCAACUUCAACCUAAACCAAAUGUUCGUGAAUUACAAUUUGGAAAAUUUUUCACUGAUCAUAUGCUGAAAAUAUUUUAUUACGAGGCUUUGGGAGGAUGGCAAAUGCCAGAAAUAACACCUUUGGAAAAUUUAGUUUUGCAUCCUGCAGCUAAAGUUUUACACUACGCUCUCGAGUUAUUCGAGGGAUUAAAAGCCUAUCGUGGAGUGGAUGGAAAAAUUCGUCUUUUCCGACCGGAAAUGAAUAUGGACAGAAUGAAUACAUCGGCAUUAAGAUCGGGACUUCCAACAUUUAGUGGUUCUGAAUUAAUAAAAUGUAUAAAUCGACUGAUUAGCAUAGAUCAGGAAUGGGUACCACAUUCGGAAGCAUCCAGCCUCUACGUAAGACCAACAUUAGUGGGAAUUGAUCCUACUUUGGGAGUUGCAGCAUCUGAUUCGGCGCUACUUUAUGUUAUUCUCAGUCCAGUGGGUGCUUAUUUUAAACCUAAUUGUACUGGAGGUAUUUCAUUAUUGGCGGAUCCACAACACACAAGGGCUUGGCCCGGAGGCUGUGGAGAUCGAAAAAUGGGAAGCAAUUAUGCACCUACGAUUCAAAUACAACGGGAAGCACUAGAAAAGGGUUUGCAGCAAGUUUUGUGGCUUUAUGGAGAUGAUCAUCAAAUCACUGAAGUGGGAACGAUGAAUAUUUUUAUUGUCUAUGUCAACGACGAUGGAGAAAAAGAAUUAGUAACACCGCCAUUGAAUGGAUUAAUUUUGCCAGGCGUUACGAGAAAUUCAAUUUUGUCACUUUCAAGAGAAUGGAAUCAAUUUAAAGUUACAGAGAGGAAAAUUACAAUGGGAGAAAUAUGUCAAUUACUCUCGGAGAACAGAUUAUUGGAAAUGUUUGGAGCAGGAACGGCGUGCGUUGUUAGUCCAAUUUCAUUAAUAAAUUACAUGGAUCAAAAUCUACAUAUUCCCACAACAGAACAAACAUCGGCUCUUUAUAAAAUUUUUUUGAAACACAUGUCAGACAUUCAAUAUGGUUAUAUUCCCACUCAUCCUUGGGCCUAUCCCAUCGAUUAAGAUUCAUUAAAUCAAAAAAAAAAAAAAAUGAAUCUACAAUUGUGGAAAAUUAAAAAAGAAUAUUUUCCGUUGGAAAAUUUCAAAGACAGACUGGAAAUCUAGUCUUUGAAGAUCAAGAAAAAGUUUUAAAAAACUUAACAAUUUUUCUGAAAUAUUCUAACUUUUUUUUGUUUUUCUUUUUCGAAAGAAAAAAAUUUUUAUCAGAAUUUGUUGUAAUUUUUUAGAUUUUCAACUGAUUCAUUUUUGAUAAUCUCGUUUUUUUUUUUUUUUUUUUAGGACUGAAAAAUUAAUUUUUGUCUAUAAUUUUUUUGUUCCAAUCAAAUUUUUUAUAUCGAGAAAACGAGUAUACUAUUUAUUUUCAUGAAUUAGAAUUUGAGCUGAAUUAUGCAUCGAGAGUGACAAAUUGUACAAAGAAAAUUUUUAGAACAAAAUCUGCAAUUAAUUAUUAUUUGAUAAUAAAAUUAAAUUAUCAUCGAGUAUAAAGAAGGAAAAUUUCUCAUAAUUAUAGAUAAAAAUUGUCUUUAAUUGAAAAAUAUGACAAAAAAAUUGAGAAAUUUAUUGUUUCUUGCAGAAUUUGUAAAUAUUUUUUUUAGUAAGUUAUUGCAAAUGUAAAUAAGUGAUAGACUGUUUUUGUUUUUUUUUAUAAAAGUUGUUCAAGGAUAUUUUAAAAUAAUUACGUUGUCAACCUGCUGUGAUUUUUUUUUUGAUUUGCAAAACUAUUUCUGUAUAUAAAAUUUGUUUUAUGUGAAAAAUAAAUUAAAUUUGGUUUAAUA